AUGGAAGCCAUUAAAGCAAAACAAAGUUUUCAAAGGAGACGUCAAAUAGAAGCCAUAAAUGGAGCUUGGGCUAUGAUUGGCCUAACCACAGGCUUAGUCCUCGAAGGUCAAAGUGGAAAUGGCAUUUUGGCUCAGUUGGCUGGAUACUGGGCCACCCUGGUCAGCUUUUUUUUCAAGCAUUACACUAGUUACCUACCUUUCGGGGUUUGUCAUUCUGGGUUACUAGCAUUACCGUCCUUUGAGGCACAACCACGAGUUUUCAAUCUCAGUUUGCAGGUUUACUUGGGAAUGCACCUCAAGAAAGGGAUCUUGAGGAUUCCAAUAGCCCCUGGAUUUGCACAACAUCCCUUUCUUGAACUUUUGUUGGAUGCUACCAGCUACCACCACCAUAUGAUGCUGCUGCCGCCUCCUUUCCGAUGCAACUUGUUGCUGCCGCACUUCCUACCGGAUUCCAAUAGCCCGUCGGCGUCUUCCAACAACCCUCUGCUGUUCCGAUCAGGAGCAAGCUCGUACAUGUCCUUCAAUCAAGGAAAUCAGUAG